UGAUUACUUGUAGGAGAUAACUUCAUUUGUUUAUACCGAAACUUCGUUCUUUAAGUCGCUAAAUUUGACGAACAUCAAAGCACCAUCGCGGUGGUCACCAGAUUUCGGGAAUGAAUUCAUCAAUACUAAUAUCCACUAGCUUCUUCAAUUCCUUAUAUAACUGUACGUAGUCCCUCCGAUAUAUUGCAUUCCAUCUUCACUAUCACAAGAUCACUGUAUCAGAGAAAAAACUCAAAGCAUGGCGGUUUCGAUAGAGUCAUCUUACUUCUUCAUGUCUCUUAAUAUCUUUCUUUGUUUAACGAUCUUUGUGGGAAAAUCAUCAGGUGCAAUUGCACCAGCUAUAUACGUUUUCGGUGACUCGCUCCUAGACAGUGGAAAUAACAAUUUCCUACAGACUCAAACUAAAGCAAAUUUUACUCCUUAUGGAGUUGAUUCUCCAAGCGGACCAACCGGCAGAUUUACAAAUGGUGCUACCGGAGGAGAUUUCAUAGCAACAUUUCUCGGCUUACCUUAUCCGCCAGCGUAUUUGAGUCUGUCUGAGGGGAGGAGGAGAAUCACAACCACUGGUAUCAACUAUGCCUCAAGUGGCUCAGGAAUUCUUCCUGAAUCAGGAACUGCACUAGGAGACAUCUUAUCUAUGGAUGAGCAAAUCGAGUACUUCAAAAACACAGUGAAAAACGAUUUGCCUAGAAUUUACAGAUCUCGGGCAAUCCUCUCCUAUGCAUUGUCUAGGUCCAUCUUCGUUAUUUCAACCGGAAGUAAUGACUAUCUCAACAACUAUUUACAACCACGAUUCUACAACGGAAGCCAAACUUAUCCUCCUCAGCAGUUUGCUAAUCUCCUCUUAAACACUCUCGAACAACAAUUGACGCAGCAACAAAUCUCCACGAACACCAGCAGCAACACCUCCGUCACCACAAGCAGCAACACCUACGUCACCACCAGCAUCAAUUUCGUCUUCAAAAUUUGGUUUUCUUCUCCGUAAUAGUUGAGAAAGAGGGUUAAAUCUGGAUCGUGGUUCUUAAAAAGGGGUUGAUGACGUUUUGGAGUUAAAAUGUUUAUAAGAAAACCACCACUUCCUAGAAUGCUGCUAAACAAUGUCUCAUGCAUGAGAAAUGCCCAACUAAUUCUUCGAAACAUUAAUGCAUCAGUCCAUGACGGAGGUGCACUCGUGUUAAAAGGAGCAAAUGGUGCAGGAAAAUCCACUUUCUUAAGAAUGUUAGGUUGUUUCUCAAAUCCUUCAGCUGGAGAGAUCCUACAGAACGGUCACGACAUUAGAAAAGCAGGAGUUUCUAUCCGGGUAUAGGCAACUCAUUUACCUAUCCAUAUUGAGGAUGCGAUGAUAUUGAGGUUGCCAUAGAGGUUUCCGAGAAGGAAAACCAUGGUGGAUUUGCUUGAUUGAUCGUGGAGAUGUAUGGAGAGGGUUAUCUGGUGGUUUAGUUUUUGUUGCAGAGGAAGUGGGAUUUUAUCCCUUCAGGUAAUACAUGUAACCUGAUCAUAAUUUAACCACUUUCUAAUAAGAAAUUUGUUGUUUAAGUAUGUACAUAUUAUUGUGGAUUGAAUUGCUAGAUACUAAUCUAUGAAUUUCAGAAAAUAAUAGUAGUUAGGCAUAAAUUUUGAACUUCUCCUUGCCAAAGAUGCUUUAUACUUAAUAAACAAUUCAUGUAUAUGCAAUGAGGUCCGUCGCUGCUCCAUCAUGUAUAAAAUUGUUGAUGUUGUUUUCUGCAUCAUUUCUUUUGGAAAAUGUCGUAGUUCUUAGUCACGUCUUUGCAGGAUUCAUGCCUUAUUGGGUACUAUAGUAAGAGAUUCUAUCCGGGUAUAGGGUUGCCUUCUGCUUACAGUAUCAUUUGAAGUUUUACGACAUUAGCAAUUUACCAUAGACUAACUAUACCAUCAAUAUUUAAGUACUGAGGAAUCCAUAUAUCUGAAGCAUAAGCUCCAGAGCUCCACUAAACAAGCAGAAAUUCGGUAGAGAGAGAGACUGACUUCCUUGAAUAUAUACUUCAAUGUCAUUACCGUGCUAAGAUUAUUGUCUGUUUUGUGAAUUAGUAGUUUCUCCAAUUUGUGUUCAGUUUAUUAUGCUUUAGACAUUAAAUUGUAUUAUGCAAGCCAACUAUCUAUAUUUAAUCAGAUCUUUUGGUUUAUGUGGGCUUCUUAUCCUGGGAACGUUAUAGUAUCAAAUAUAUUCGUCCUGUAUUAACCAGUUUUUUCUUCAUCUAUUGGAACAGUUCAUCAUUGAAGUUUGUGUUGGUGAAAUGAAAAUAUGUGGAAAAAUGAU